AUGGCUCGGGAGAUUGACGAUUUUUUACUGGAGAAGUUGAGGAAGGGGCUUCAGCCUAAAGACGGAAAGCGAUCGAGAGUAGCCUUCUCGGGUCAGCUAGAGGAGUUGAGGACUCUGAUUGAGGAAAAGCUGAAGUCGUCCACACGGGAUGAAAAAUCUAUCAGGGACAAUCUUUACUCCCUCAACAAUGUCCUGACAGAGUGCCAGUCACUAUCCAAGAAGCAAAUCGUUGCCAACAUUCAGAUUAGGAGGAGUCUGAAUAAGAUCAAGGAGGAUCUGCAGAGGAUUCCUGACCCGAACACAGGUGGAAAUAACAACACUCCACAGGGUAACACCGAAGAAAGCUCAUCGAAUGACAAAGAUAGCUUCCUUCAAGUUUCGGGUCGGUCGCAACAUCUGCAGAAGUUCAAAGGAUUCGAGGUCGAAAUUGAGUUGCUGGAAUCUUUAGUCCAGAAAAACAGUUCUGAGCAAUUCAAGGCAGUUGCCAUAGUUGGGAGGGGCGGGAUUGGUGUUGAAGAGGAAAUCAUUGAUUCUGUAUUUUCUGCUCGUAAUCUGAGGGGAAUUGUAGCUUUGCUUCAUCAGCAACUUUGGGGGAAGAAAUAUCUUAUUGUUCUGGAUAAUGCUCGUGAGGACGAGGAGUGGUACCAUGAAUUGGGUUCCCACUUGGUCCAUGGCGAUAACUGGGAAGACCGCCUUGCCUAUGGAUUCCCAAAAGGGUAUGGAGGCACAGUCAUCGUCACGACCAGGAUCGCGGAAUUGGCUAUGAGAAUGGUUGGCGAGGAGAAUCUGCAUAGGAUCAUGCCACUUUCAGAUGAUAAAGUUUGCUGGUCAAUAUUUCGAGAUUCAGCUAAGGAAGGUCACGGUCGAAAUGAUCCCCCACAUGAUGAAAAACUGAAAGAAGAGGUCUACAGAAGAUGUGCCGGCAUUCCAUUAGCUGCCAAAGUCAUGGGUCAGAUUAUGAACAAACAACUUCAGGAGGGAUCUGCAGAAAUUGCGAAUUCUGCAGGAAUAGUGUAG